GAUCAUGUUUAUGAUGGUUAAAAAACGUUUGUCUUCAUUGAUAAAAAAUCAUCAAUCGCUAAUCCAUGGAUGAAGAACGGAUAGAAAAUCUAAUUGGAGUAAUCGAACAAAAUGCGAAUUCGAUACGCUUUGCCGUAGUUUCAAUGAAAAAUGGUUCUAUUGUGGCUCAACAUCAUGUUCAUGUUCCAUGCCAACACUCACAGGAUGGAUGGCUUGAACAAAAUCCCGAUCACUUGUUUCGUUCGAUUCUGGAAGCAUUCGAGGUUGUCUACGGAAAUCUUUAUGAAAAUCAAACUGAAACUUGUGUCAAAUGUAUGACGAUCACCACUCAACGUUCGACGUUUAUUGUAUGGGAUAAAUAUACGGGUGAUCCAUUAACCAAUGUAAUCUUAUGGCUAGAUAAUCGCUCGAAAGAUCUUAUUCAAUCCUUAAACAUUCAAAUCGAUUCAAAUGAAUUGAAAAUCAAAACAGGCCUUCCUUUAUUACAUUAUUUCAUGGCGUCAAAAUUGUUAUGGUUAUUCAAAAAUGAUGAGAAAAUUCAAUUUGCCAAUCGGCAAAAUCGUUUAAUGAUCGGUACCAUAGAUUCAUGGCUUUUGUGGAAAUUGACCGGAAUGCACAGUACUGAUGUGACAAAUGCAAGUGCUACUUUUUUGAUGAAUUUGGAAAUUGUUGAUUGGGAUCAGGAUCUUUGCAGAUUAUUCAAAGUGCAAAAAUCAUCUUUACCAAUCAUUCAUCCAUCAUCUUAUACAUUUGGUGAAAUUAAAAUAGAACCAUUUCGAGGAGUGCCUAUUACUGGAAUGAUCGCAGAUCAACAAGCUGAAUUGUUUGGUCAACAAUGUCUAGAUUUAGGUGAUACAAAAAUAACAUUUGAUGAUACAUGUUUUGUUCAGCAAAACAUUGGACCUGGUCCAUAUAGUGAAAUUCUAUCUCGAAUUCCGGUAAAAAGUAGGCAAAAAUUGAUUUCAACUAUCGCCUAUCAAUUAUCUGACCAACAACCAAUUCAUUACGCGCUUGAAGGAUCUUUAACUAUUGCUUUUGAUUGGUUACAAUAUAAUCUUGGAUUAAUCGGUGAUUUUGAUGAGAUCGACUCACUAUCAUCAGAAGAGAAUCGUGGUGUUUAUUUUGUUCCGGCUAUUCACGGUUUAGAUGCGCCAUAUUGGGACCCAAAUGCUUCUGGUACUAUCAUCGGUUUGUCACAAUUUAGCCGUAAAUCUCAUCUGAUUCGUGCCACUUUAGAAUCGGUUGCUCAUCAAACAAGUGACAUUUUAGACUAUAUGAUUGGAACUGAAUCCUCUAAAUUAAUUGUAAACGGAAAAUUAAGCAACAUUAACCUAUUGUGUCAGCUACUGGCUGAUAUUUCCAACAAAACAAUCAUACGACCAGAUUUUGCAUCUAUAUCACUAAGAUUGAUAGGAGCGGCUAUGCUAGCCGGUCAGGCAUUCAAUGUGAACAUUGUAUUUCAACAAGAAACUCAGGAUGCAGAAAUAUUUAAGCCAAAAAUCACCAACAGACAGCGUGAAAAAAUGAAAGAAUCAUGGAGAUUAGCAGUCAAUCGAAGUCGUCAAUGGAUUAAUAAAAAAAAUUUCGCGCAACUUCAAUUGCAACAAAAACGAUGGUCUAUGAUACCAUUAGUAUCAUUUACAAUGAUUACAUUUGCUUUACUUAUCUAUAGUCAAUCAAAGAAUUAAUUAAAAAAAUUUUAUUUUGCAAAUCUAAA